CUGUUUCCUGUCGGCCGCUCACACACGUGAAGGUCAGAAUUGCAGCAGAAGGUUUUCAUCCUCCGCCGGUUCUCGUCCCUCGGAGCUGGUUUCACUGAGCUAUGGACGGUCAGGGGGGAGCAGCGGACCCACAGCUUCAGCAGUUCAUCGAGGUCGAGUCCCAGAAACAGAGGUUCCAGCAGCUGGUCCAUCAGAUGACGGAGGUUUGCUGGGAGAAGUGCAUGGACAAACCUGGGCCCAAGAUGGACUCAAGGACAGAAACGUGCUUAGGUAACUGUGUGGAGCGAUUUAUUGACACGAGCCAGUUCAUCCUGAACCGACUGGAACAGACCCAGAGGAGCCGGGGCUCGUCCUCCGAGAGCAUGAUGGACUAAAGACUGUCAGAAGACGGACCGGUGAGAUUCUCGGCCCUCUGCUCUGUGACGAGGCCGUUUGCUCCUGACACAGCUGUCCGAGUGUUGCAGAACUGUCCGAUCGAAUGCAGGAAGGGACCAGAUGCAGCGUUGAUUCAAGUGCCUGAGAUUAACACCAUGUAUUCAGAAGUGCAGGGCUUUGUUUGUCCUCCACGUCAAAUAUGAGCGUUGCAAAAUGCUCGUAUUGUCGUCUGUUGCUAACAGUGACUUCACGUUGGUUUUUGUCAAGUUACUGAAUUUAAGCCAUUUUAUUGGUCAGGCUGUGAAACUGAGCUUGAACCUGUGAAUAUUCACUGCUGCUAUGAGUGUAGGAGCCUGCAGAGAAAUGGAUGCAUCUGGGACAUUCAAUAUGCCAACUGUAUUGGACAGCCACAAGGACCUCAACACACAAACACACACAUACACCCCAGCCUUGUACUUUUAUCUUAGUGAGGACACUAAGUGGGAUAAUGCAUUUCCUAGCCCCCUACUCUAAUUAUAGCAAAUUACAACUAAAUACAUAAUCCUAACCCUGAAAGCAAAUCUUAACUCUACAAAAGUCCUGUGGAAAAAGUUAGGAGCAGUAAAAACCGUCCUUCAUCAAUUGGGUCUUUAUUCAAAAUGGUCCUCACAAAGAUACAAGUACUAACACUGCUGUAACAACAGGGAGACAAUGAUGUCUUGAACCAAGAGGCUUGAUCAACACCUUAAAGGUUCUGGACUGUACAUAUGCAAUAAACAAAAUGCCAAAAUA